GUGCGGUGCUGAGAUGCUGUGUCUUCUGGUCCAAGGAUGCAGGUGGAACGGUUGAACUAGCACCGUUCGCAUCUGGUAGUGGGAGAAGAAGAAAAAACUGUACCCUGAUCAGUUUCACUGGAUAAAAAAUAAAGCGAUAUUUCCAGGGAUAUUUACAUCUUUAAGUAUCGAGAAUUGUCGGCGGAAUUGCUCAAAACACAAUACUCUGGCAGGAAAAUGAUGGGAGCAGGACCUUUGUAAUCACCUUGGACCGGAGCCUUCAGGACAGGAAGGUUUUUUUUUUAACAAAAUCAUGACCACACUCUGACAGCUCUUCUGUGCUCUCUUUCAUCCUCUCCUCCUUACCCAUUCUCCCCUAAAACAAACAAGACUGAAAGGAUCUACUCAGAACUGUUGUUGAAUCCAGUUUCUGGAAAAGCUUUAUGCAGAUUCUUAGGACUACAGUUCUUUUCGGGCCUAUGAUUGACCAAAGGCUUUUUUUGAACAAAAAGCUGAUAUAGAAUUAUCGCAUAGCUCCCCUCUCUCUUCCCUCCCAUCAUAAUUGUCCUUCCUUGAAGUCCCAAAGGCACCAACCAAUGGAGAGACGGAGAAGGGAGUCAGGAUAAAGCAGAGAAAUAGAGUGCCGGAGGAAGUAAAAAUCUGCUGAUUCGUCAGGCUUUGGAAUUGGGUCCUGUGAGGUUUGAUUCACUCACGGUCCCCCAGCCUGGGAGAACUCCUAUCCCAGCACAGACAGACAUAAUAAUAAUCUCUAUUUACGUUUGAAAAAACAACAAAGAACCUAAAAAAAGAUAAGUUUGGCAAGGCCACAUAUUUGCCAGGUAGAUUUCGGCAAUUUUUUACUUGGUUACAAAAGAAAAACUAAAAACUAAAUAUGACAAGAGGGUUGAGUUUUCCAUGUUGGCCCUUGUGGUCGUUGAUGUUGUUCAGCCUGCUAGCCACGGUGAGGUCACUGGAGUUUGGAGGUGCUCCCGGCCAGUGGGCACGCUAUGGGCGUUGGGAGGCAGGCUCAGUGGGUGAGCUGAGCUUCAGUUUGAAAACCAAUAUCAGCAAAGCCCUGGUUCUCUAUCUAGAUGAUGGUGGGAACUGUGACUUCAUGGAGCUCCUGAUUGCCAGUGGACGCCUCCAGCUCCGCUUUGCCAUUCAUUGCGCAGAGCCGGCAACCUUACACAUGGAGACACGGGUCAACGAUGACCGCUGGCAUAUGGUCCUCCUUACCCGCAACUUCCGCGAGACCCUUUUGAUGGUGGAUGGUGAGACUAAGGUUUCCGAAGUCAAGUCCAAGAGGAAGGAGAUGGCUGUGGUCAGCGACCUUUUUGUCGGAGGGAUUCCUCCAGACGUGCGUCUGUCAGCGUUGACCUCCAGCACAGUCAAAUACGAGCCCCCUUUUCAAGGCCUGAUCUCCAACCUGAAAGUGGGCGAGAUGCCUCCAACCCUGCUCAACAGCCAGGGUAUCCAGAGUGACCUGGAGUACCUGUGCACCAAGCAAAACCCAUGCCUCAACGGAGGGUUCUGCUCUAUCCAGUAUGGAGAAGUCCACUGUGACUGCACACACACACGCUUCAAGGGGAAGUACUGCAAGGAAGAGGAGUAUGCUGUGGAAGGUCUGGCGCACCUGACGUUAAACAACCAAGGUGACGCAUCCCAAGCCGGAAAGGAGGAGUCUGUGGCCACCUUCAAGGGGAACGAGUUCUUCUGCUACGACCUGUCGCUGACGCCCAUCCAGAGCAGCACGGACGAGAUCACGCUCUCGUUCCGCACGCUCCAGAGGAACGGCCUGAUGCUGCACACGGGGAAGUCGGCCGACUACGUCAACCUGUCGCUGAAGAGCGGCGCCGUGUGGCUGGUCAUCAACCUGGGCUCCGGCGCCUUUGAGGCGCUGGUGGAGCCCGUCAACGGCAAGUUCAACGACAACGCCUGGCAUGAUGUCCGCGUCACCCGCAACCUGCGCCAGCACGCAGGCAUUGGACACGCUAUGGUGACAAUAUCAGUGGAUGGUAUAUUGACCACCACUGGUUACACCCAGGAGGACUACACCAUGCUGGGCUCGGACGACUUCUUCUACAUAGGAGGGAGUCCCAACACUGCUGACCUGCCCGGAUCCCCUGUCAGCAACAACUUCAUGGGCUGUCUAAAAGACGUGGUGUACAAAAACAACGACUUCAAGCUGGAGCUCUCGCGGCUCGCCAUCAUGCGCGACGCCAAAAUCAGUCUGUACGGCGACCUGGUGUUCCGCUGCGAGGACGUGGCAGCCCUCGACCCCGUGACCUUCGAGACGCCCGAGUCGUACAUCGCCCUGCCCAAGUGGCACACCAAGAAGACGGGCUCCAUCUCCUUCGACUUCAAAACCACCGAGCCCAGCGGCCUGCUGCUCUUCAGCCACGGGCGUCCCCAGGGUCCUAAAGAGCAGCUCCCGCAGCGGCCUAGUCGCGAGCUGAAGACGGACUACUUUGCUAUGGAGUUGCUGGACGGGUAUCUGUACUUGCUGAUGGACAUGGGCUCUGGGAGUAUCAAGCUGAAGACCAGCAACAAGAAGGUCAACGACGGGGAUUGGUGCCACGUGGACUUCCAGAGAGAGGGAAGGAAAGGCUCCAUCUCGGUGAACAGCCGCAGCAUCCCCUUCAACUCCAACGAGGGCAGCGAGAUCCUGGACCUGGACAGCGACAUGUUCCUGGGUGGGCUCCCCGAGGCACGCGGCGACCUGGUGCUGUCCCCGGAGGUUUGGACCGCCUUGCUCAACUACGGCUACGUGGGCUGCGUGCGCGACCUCUUCAUCGACGGCAAGAGCCGCGACGUGCGGCGCCUAGCCGAGAUCCAGAGCUCUCCGGGCGUGAGCAGCUUCUGCACGCGGGAGCCCCAGAAGAGGUGCAGCGGCGCCCCCUGUGGGAAUGGAGGCCUGUGCAAGGAGGGCUGGAACAGAUACAUCUGCGAUUGCACCGGCACGGGCUACCUGGGUACCAACUGUGAAAUAGAGGCGACCGUGCUGAGCUACGACGGCAGCAUGUACCUGAAGAUCAUCAUGCCGGGCACCAUGCACACGGAGGCCGAGGACGUGGCGCUGCGCUUCAUGUCCCAGCGGGCCUACGGCCUCCUCGCCGCCACCACCUCCAAGGAGUCCGCCGACACGCUCCGCCUGGAGCUGGAUGGGGGAAAGGUCAAGCUGACCGUCAACCUAGAUUGUAUCAGGAUAGACUGUAAUCUCAGUAAAGGACCAGAGACUCUCUUUGCUGGGCAGAAGCUCAAUGACAACGAGUGGCACACAGUGAAGGUCAUGAGGCGGGGCAAGAACCUGCAGCUGUCGGUAGACAACGUCACCGUUGAGGGCCAGAUGACCGGCGCCCACACCAGACUGGAGUUCCACAACAUUGAGACAGGCAUCAUGACCGAACGCAGAUUCAUCUCUGUGGUGCCCUCCAACUUCAUCGGGCAUCUGCAGGGCCUCACCUUCAACGGGGUUCCUUACCUCGACCAGUGCAAGAACGGAGACAUCUCCUACUGCGAGCUCAACGCCCGCUUCGGCAUGCGCCACAUCAUCGCCGACCCAGUGACGUUUCGAACGAAAGGCAGCUACCUAGCGCUAGCCACUUUGCAGGCCUACGCCUCCAUGCACCUCUUCUUUCAGUUCAAGACCACCACGUCUGACGGACUGCUGCUCUUUAACUCGGGAGACGGCAGUGAUUUCAUCGUCGUGGAGCUGGUCAAAGGGUACGUCCACUACGUAUUUGACCUUGGCAAUGGCCCUUCACUCAUGAAGGGCAACUCUGACAAGCCACUCAACGACAAUCAAUGGCACAACGUGGUGGUCUCUCGGGACGCCAACAACAUGCACACGCUCAAGAUUGACUCGCGCACCGUCACUCAGCACUCCAAUGGAGCCCGCAACCUGGACCUCAAAGGGGAGCUAUACAUCGGUGGCGUGACAAAGAACAUGUACGGCGGCUUGCCCAAACUGAUAGCGUCUAAGGACGGCUACCAGGGCUGCCUGGCAUCCGUGGACCUCAACGGGAGACUGCCCGACCUGAUCGCAGACGCUCUCCACAGGGUGGGUCAGGUGGAACGAGGCUGCGAUGGACCCAGCACCACCUGUACGGAGGAGUCGUGCUCCAAUCAGGGCGUGUGUCUCCAGCAGUGGGAGGGCUUCACCUGUGACUGCACCAUGACGUCCUAUGGAGGCUCUUUCUGUAGCGACCCUGGGACGACCUAUAUCUUCGGGCGGGGAGGAGCCCUCAUCACCUACACCUGGCCGCCCAACGACCGGCCCAGCACGCGGGCAGACCGGCUGGCGGUGGGCUUCAGCACGCAGCUGAAAGAGGCUGUGCUGGUGAGGGUGGAGAGCGCCAAGGGACUGGGAGACUACCUGGAGCUGCACAUAGAACGGGGAAAGAUCGGCGUGAUCUUCAACGUGGGAACGGACGACAUUGCCAUCGAGGAGAGCGCGGUGAUGGUGAGCGACGGCAAGUACCACGUGGUGCGCUUCACGCGCAGCGGAGGUAACGCCACGCUACAGGUGGACAACCAGCCCGUCAUCGAACGCUUCCCUUCAGGGAACUUUGAUAAUGAGCGCCUGGCUAUUGCUAGACAAAGAAUCCCAUACCGACUUGGUCGGGUAGUUGACGAGUGGCUACUCGACAAAGGUCGACAGUUGACCAUCUUCAACAGCCAGGCGUUCAUCAAAAUCGGAGGCGAUAAGGGCCGCCACUUCCAAGGCCAGAUCUCAGGCCUCUACUACAACGGCCUGCAGGUUCUCAAGCUGGCGGCCGAGGGCGACGCCAACGUGCAGGCCCAGGGCAACCUGCGGCUGGUCGGCGACGUGCCCUCCGUGCUAACCACCGACACCACCUCCACCACCCCGCUGGCGGACAUGUCCACCACCAUCAUGGAGACCACCACCACUAUGGCCACCACCACAACACGCAAGCAGCGCUCCCCUACCAUGCGGGACAGUGUCACCCAGAACACGGAUGACCUGUUGGUUGCAUCAGCAGAGUGUCCUAGUGAUGACGAGGACUUGGAGGAGUGUGAACCAGGAAAUGGAGGUGAAAUAGUGUUGCCUAUAAUUACCGUGGACUCGCUAGACCCCCCGUCCAUCGCCACCCGCUACCCAGUAAUGCCCCCACCCCCCACCUACCACCCCUUCCUCACCCUUCUCGAAACCACCAAAGAGUCCUUCCCCCUCCCAAACGGCCGGCCCCCCUGCCCCCUGGACCAGGAGGACUGCGAGGAGGCCAUCGAGGUGUCCGCCUACGGCUCAGGCGAGAUGACCGAGUCGGACGACGAGGACUAUUACAAAAAUUCCCCCCUCGUCACCGAUAGGACAGUCCUCCCCCCGCCCCCCGCUGAGGGUGGCGUCCAGAACCCCCGCGAUCGCCACUUCUCCCACCGUCCCCCAAACUCCCACCGCCCGCCCCUCUCCUCCACACCCACGGCCAACCCAGACCAGCUCGGCCCCCGCCUCAAGCCAAGCGGCGGGGGGAGCGUGGCUGGGGGCAGCCCCAACAACAUCCCCGCCGGAAAAAUGAACACCCGGGACCAGGUUUUGCUGCCACCUGCCCACCCCUCCUCUUCUGACCCCGACACCCGCCAUCGCCACAUCCCAGGUAUAACCUACCCCCCCAAUCUCCCCCAUGUUCCCACCCCAGACCCCACAUCUCCAGAGAGAGGCCUUCCGGGAGCCGUGGAGGUGCAGCAGUCCAGCAGCACCACGGGCAUGGUGGUGGGCAUCGUGGCAGCGGCCGCCCUCUGCAUCCUCAUCCUGCUCUACGCCAUGUACAAGUACCGCAACCGCGACGAGGGCUCUUACCAGGUGGACCAGAGCCGCAACUACAUCAGCAACUCGGCCACGCAGAGCAACGGAGCCCUGGUGAAGGAGAAACAGCCCAGCACUGCCAAGACUGUCACCAAGAACAAGAAGAACAAAGACAAGGAGUACUACGUCUGAUACGCUAGGGCUGAGACACGGACAGAGGCAGAGAGAGAGGAGGAGUGCAGAGAGAGAGAGAGGGGGGGGGGAAGAGAGACAGAGAGAGGGAGUAGGUAUGGCAGUAUGAUUAUGGGCAGUGUUUUUUAAUUUGCUUUAACGUGUUAACUUGUAACCAAAACACUUCGUCCCUUCUAAAUUUUUUUGUAGCAUAAAAGCAGAAGUAAUAGAAAAAAAAGAUUGCCCAUGUAGUAAUAUUUUUUCCUCAGUACAUCCAAAUAAAACUAUACCUGAUUUAUAUAUUCUUUGCCUGAUGUUAUGGCCACAAAGCUCGCUCAUAAAAUAUUAUUCCGUGCCAACAGUCAUACCGAACGCUGAUAAUUCAUAAGCGAAAAAAUACUGUAAGAAAAACACCAACAGUAUUUGAGCAAAAAGGCCUUGUAGAUCAUGUUGAUUUUAUGUUUUGGUUUCGUUUUUUUGCUAUUUAUUUAAGGUUGUGAAAUAGUUGACCUUCUGCAAUAUAACAUCUGAAUACUGCCAACGACAGAAACGGUGUCACAUUCCCUCUCCAAGUAUUCAGCUUUCCCUCGCUUGUCUUUCAUCAACUCUCCUCUCCUCCCUCUCUGUCACUCGUGCGCUCUGUGUCUCUCCUCGUCAACGGUGCUCAGCAGGUGACGCAACAUUCUUCUGCUGUGUUUCAAGCAUGUAGUAUUCAUUUACGAAAAAGAGAUAAAACCUGUUUUUUUUCUGUGGAGUUAAAAAACAAAAAAAUGAUAACGUUAAACUAGCAACCACGUGAGAACCACUCCGAAACAACGGAUGCUACCAUAAGUUUAGCCGCCAAACUUCUGAGGCCAUACCCCUGGUCGUCCUUCGUUCCAGCAGAUAUCGUCGUGUGUUUCCGGGGGCCUCCACAGCGCCCUCUAAUGGGCCCAUCCAGGAACUUGGGUCCCAUCUUUCAGUACUAAUCACAGAGAAACAGAAAAAACCUCCAGCAGCAAAAUGACUCUGUUCUAUAUAAAUAUAAAUAUAUGUAUAGACGUUUCAGAAAAAUCUAUGGACUAAAAUGGAGAGCGUGCGAAAGAUGAGAAUUCACACUACGGUGUGAGUGUCUCCGAGGACUGGCUGACAGACAUAAAGAAGAUGGACGCUAGACUUGAGACAGAUUCCCCACCCCCACCCCUCUCUUCAUACACACUCUGGGUGAGCUUCAAAGUCACUGGAAGAGGCGGCCGUGCAGGUGGAAGUGAAGGUGAGGACACAGAACGGGACAGAGUGCUAUUUUGUUUGCUGUUUGAGUUUGAGCUUUUUUUUGUUUUGGUUUGUGAGACAAGAAAAUGAGAGACAUUUUAUGGAAUUUGUGAGUUUGUUUUUGCUGGAGUCCCACUGUCCCACGUCUGUUGUGGCGUGAACGUAUGCUAUCUUGCAUCUAAAAUGGCCUCGCAUUGGCCAGGACUAAUGGCUGCCAAUAAGCAAACAAACCAGUGAGAAACUUUCAGUGAAAACACAAAUACACCUAUAACAAGGUGGACACCUGUUCCCUUGAUGAUGUACAACAGAACUCUAGUAUUCCAAUUUUCUCAACUCUAUUAAAAAAGAAAACUGUACCAUGAAAAGAAAAGAAAAACCUUGAAAAAAAAGUUUGUGAAAUGUCUAAAUAUUUGAAUCUUUCAUCCCAUUACUAAGACAAAUGUUUUCCCUAUUAUCAUCCCUGUUUGGAGAAAGAAAAUGACAACGAUAAUUGAUUCUAAACAUGAACCUGUGUACUUCUCUCCUUUCCAGGAGAAAGAAAUACUCUCCUGUACUCAUCCCCUCCUGCUGUCAUCCCAUUUCUGUCCAUCGUCAAUUCAUCCCUUUUCUCACAAUGGCAGAUUGUAUGUAUUCAUUACCUGGAGACCAAGCGGGAUCCAUCCAUCCUCGAUUUUCUAUUGUUUUAUAUCUAUCUCUGUCUAUACUGCUAGAGACUAAAAAGGCUGUUGUGUCAAAAUGGCCGCCUGGCUUCAUUCAUCUUUUCCUUCUUCAUUGGGGUUGGUCUGGUUUCAGUUCUCAUCCUUUCCCAAUCAUACUCCUCCCAGUAUCUUCCUGUUCUUUCUAAAUGUUAUUGUAAAGUGUUCCAGUGAGAUGACUCUAAAUAUGUGUACAUUAACAGAGGGGAAUACACUUGGUUAUAUACUUCUUAACACCCU